UUGCUCCUUUCUGUGAGGCGUUGUCGAGCCGAGUGUGAGCUGGUUUUAGCGCGCCUCGUGAGCUUUAUUUGUUUUUAAGUUUAUUAUAGUAAUUCUGCAUUUGUUUUGUCGCUUGCAGAAUGUUAGUGAGUAUUCAAUACUUUACAAACAACCUUCAGAAAUCCAUGGGGAAACAGUUUCUCAAGUUUUGGCUUUGGAGUCCUUAAGGCUUGGAUGAUGUUGAAGAUGAAUUCUAAUCUCAUCCGAAUUCAGCAACCCCAGGCAUGUUCUAGAAAUGCCAUGUGAUCUCUGUUUGCAUGUUUCCUGCAAUAUUCAGCAUUUGAUAGUUUGAACAUAGCUGUGACUAGAUAUGGCUCCUUGUACACUUGGAAGAUCUGUGAAGAAGGUCUGUAUCUUUGCAUUUUUCAUAAUUCUCUGCAUCUACACUUUAUUCUAUAAAGUGUGUUUUUGGAAAGAUCUGUUGCUUAAAAAUAGAUUGGAUGGUGGGACCUUGGAAGUGCAAUAUACUUUGAAUCAAGAUAACUUGCAGGAGGCAUUGAAUGGUGAGAAGAAUACAAGUAAUGACAAUGCCAAGCAAGAUUCUUUUUUGACUCAUUUUGAGAAAGCACAGUCAAAUUCUGAAGUUCACUUUGCUGACAGCAGAUCCAGUAAGGCAGAAGUUCCUAUGAAAGAGAGUUCUGCUUCGAAGAAUCAUUUGCUUGCAUCUGAAACUACCAUGGAUUUAGCCAGGAGGAAUCAACAAGUAAACAAACAAUUAGUUACUUCUAUCAAAACUGCAAAAGUAACCAAAAUAAAACCACCUUUUAAAAAUCAAUGGAUUGCUUGGAAUGAAGACAGCUCUUCAAGCAGUCUCAGUCGCCGACUACAAACUGUCAAAAAUAAUUAUGUUGCUAUGAAUAAGUAUGCUGUGAAUUUCACUGGAAAAAGAAGAUCAAGGAAGCUGAGCAGCAAAGAAUUGUUGUGUGAACUGAAACAAAGAGUAGAAAUGGCUACCAUUAAAUUUGGAGACGGCCCCUUUACGACAACCAAGUGGCAGAGAUAUUUACCGACUAAGAAUCUCUCCCAGGAGCUUGGACACUUCCGGACAUGUGCUGUUGUAGCAUCAGCUGGAUCAAUCCUUAAGUCAAGUCUGGGAAAGGAAAUAGAUGCUCAUGAUGCCAUUGUAAGGUUCAAUGGGGCACCUACCAUAGGAUUUGAGUCUGAUGUGGGGAGCCGUACAACAAUUCGGAUAGUUAAUUCACAGAUUGUCACAAUGAAAGAGCACAAGUUUCAUGAUAACAGUUUAUACAAAAUGGGUGUCUUAUUAAUGUGGGACCCGGCACAAUAUUCGGCUAACCUUACUGAGUGGUUCAAACACCCGGAGUAUGAUUUCUUUGGAAGUUAUACGAAGUAUCGUGAAGAGAAUCCUGGUCAGCCCUUCUAUAUUAUAAAUCCCAAAGCGCAAUGGCAGAUUUGGAACAUCAUGCAGGAAAACACGGCUGAGGAUAUCCAGCGCAAUCCUCCUUCCUCUGGAUUGAUAGGUAUCCUUUUAAUGAUGACCAUUUGUGACCAAAUAAAUGUCUAUGAAUUUCUGCCUUCACAAAGACGAACGGAUCUCUGCCAUUACUUUGAAAAGUUUCAAGAUCAAGCCUGUACAGUGGGUGCUUACCAUCCACUGAUGUUUGAGAAAAACCUGGUGAAACGUAUAAACCAGGGUUCAGAUAGGGACAUCCAUCUUCAAGGAAAAGUCACCCUUCCAGGAUUUGGAACAUUCCAGUGUCCUAAUUCCAAAUAAAUACAGCAUCGCAAACUAUGAACACUUGGGUUAUUGUUCUGAAUUUUACAUAAAAUCAUUUACUAUUAAUCUUUGAUUUUAACUUUAGUAAAUAGUUCUUAAAGAUAACGAUAACUCAUUAAUCAUAUGUAUUUCUACCUGUUGGUAACCUGACAAUGGUCUGUCUGUACUUUGUAAAAAAUUUUUAGUUUUAUAAGUUUAUAGUGUUUUUAAUAUUUUUGAAGUAUCAUUCUCUGCAAUUUUAUCUGGUCUUGUUUUAAUAUAAUAGUUGGCAUGUACAGAUUGAGAUGACUAGUUGGCCACUGGAGAAAGUGGAGAGAUCUCAUAUCAAGUAGGUACAUCUUAGGGCUGGGAGAAACACAAUUAGCUUAAAAGAAAUCAUUAAAGAAAAUAUUUUUGAAAAGUUAGCAUUCAUUGUUGGAAUCCGUGGUAUAGGUAUGUCAUGGGUUACAUUUGCACCUUGUUGCCAGUGCUCCUACUGAAAUAAGUUUGAUUGUUAAAUCUCUCUUAUGAAAAAAAUCAUUACGGUGAUUUUCCUGUACUGCAUUCACUUUCAGCAACUGCAGCGGAGGUAUGGAAUGAUGUGCGUGAACCACAGGCUCGAUGUCAUUAAGUUUUUCACGUCGCCUACCUUGCUGCAGAUACUAAAGUCAUUAUGUCUUUGAUUUCAUGAAUGUUGCUACUGAUUUUGAACUUGAUUGUAAUGUAUUAAAACAUUAAAUAAAUUUCUAAAGA